GGGGGCAUUCCAGCUCGCCGUCCAAAUCGCCAUUUUUUUUGUGGCUGUUGCCGUUGCUUGAACUUUUUGUGUUUUAGGGACUGUGCGUGAAUUAGUUUAAAAUAUGUGGUACGAGAUACUGCCAUCCAUCGCGAUCAUCUCGGUCUGUAUGUCAUUGCCAAACUUUCUGAGCAAGUAUUUGAACCUGGCCGUGGAUGGAAAGCCUUACAGGCGAGAUAUGAUUAAACCAUGGAAUCUGGACACACUGAUGAGAGACGAAAGGUUAACAGGAAAUCCUUACAAAACAGUUGGUCUUGAAGGCAUUCCUGAUGAGUCCCAGCAGCAAUGAAGCCACCUUAACGAGCGACGAUGCUGGUCUUGGCACCAGAUUUUAAACUUAGCAGAGUCAGUUCAGUCAUCAAUAAACAUGCCGGUUUA